AUGGUUCUGCCGUUCGACAAAGAAGAAUUCUCCUCUUUUUUCGAGUUGCACCACACGAAAGGUCCAGUCGCCUACAUCAAACGACGAUUAGCGGAAUAUUGGAGCGGCUCACGAACACCACGACGCCGGCGACAACUACGACAACAUGCUGCACAAUUCGGCCUUGCUCAGCACAUCAUCGAGGAUCACCUACACGCUCUAGGCUUACGGAAAUGGGGAUCGAAUGCCUUCGAUAACCUUCUCAUUGUUCCUCCCGGAGUUGGAAUUAUUCAUCAAGUUAAUCUUGAAUACCUGUCCAGAGUGGUGUUUGUCAGUGAGGACGGUGUUUUGUACCCAGAUUCUGUCGUUGGUGCCGAUUCGCACACAACAAUGGUUAAUGGAAGUGGCGUUCUCGGUUGGGGAGUAGGAGGUAUAGAAGCUGAAGCCGUCAUUCUCGGCCAACCUAUUUCUAUGGUUACCUCGCAGCAGUACCGUAACAGAUGGACAUUUUUGGAGAUUAUACGCUUCAACAUCGCUGUGGUAAUUCCCGAGGUGAUUGGAUGCGAACUUGUUGGAUGUCUGGCAGACACUGUAACUACUACAGAUUUAGUCCUAACUAUCACAGAGAGCCUCCGUGUUUUUGGAGUGGUUGGAAAGUUCAUAGAAUUUUUUGGCGAAGGAGUAGCUUCGUUGUCGAUCGCUGAUCGUGCCACUAUCGCCAAUAUGUGUCCUGAAUACGGAGCUACUGUUGGAUUCUUUCCUGUUGAUUGGAGAACAGUGCAUUAUUUGCUGCAAUCCGGACGUGAUGAGAGUUACUGUAACCGUGUAGAAAACUAUUUAAAAGCAAACAGGAUGUUUGUUGAAUAUGGUGACUCGCAAUGCAAACCAACUUUUACAAAGAUUUUAACAUUUGAUUUGCGUUUGAUUGUGCCUUCUUUGUCCGGGCCCAGGCGACCACAAGAUCGUAUUGAUUUGUCUUCAUUACACAAGGACUUCAGUAGUAAUUUGACAACUAAAUUCCCUUUCAAGGGAUUUGGAUUAAGAGCCGAACAUUUGCAAAAAGGAACGUCAAUAAUCAAAAAUGGCAGCAUUGGGAAUCUGACUCAUGGAUCAGUAGUUAUUGCUGCUAUCACUUCAUGCACAAACACUAGCAAUCCGGGUGUGAUGCUCGCUGCUGGACUUGUAGCAAAAAAAAGGAGAAAUCCACACGAAACGUUGUAA